AUGAGUAGGUUUAUAGGUUACAGGUGUGUUGAACUUCACUUCGUUGCACUUCGUUACGUUCAACUGUUUAUAGAUUACAGUAGGUUUAUAGGUUACAGGUGUGUUGAACUUCACUUCGUUGCACUUCGUUACGUUCAACUGUUUAUAGAUUACAGUAGGUUCAUAGGUUACAGGUGUGUUGAACUUCACUUCGUUGCACUUCGUUACGUUCAACUGUUUAUAGAUUACAGUAGGUUCAUAGGUUACAGGUGUGUUGAACUUCACUUCGUUGCACUUCGUUACGUUCAACUGUUUAUAGAUUACAGUAGGUUUAUAGGUUACAGGUGUGUUGAACUUCACUUCGUUGCACUUCGUUACGUUCAACUGUUUAUAGAUUACAGUAGGUUCAUAGGUUACAGGUGUGUUGAACUUCACUUCGUUUCACUUCGUUACGUUCAACUGUUUAUAGAUUACAGUAGGUUCAUAGGUUACAGGUGUGUUGAACUUCACUUCGUUGCACUUCGUUACGUUCAACUGUUUAUAGAUUACAGUAGGUUCAUAGGUUACAGGUGUGUUGAACUUCACUUCGUUGCACUUCGUUACGUUCAACUGUUUAUAGAUUACAGUAGGUUCAUAGGUUACAGGUGUGUUGAACUUCACUUCGUUGCACUUCGUUACGUUCAACUGUUUAUAGAUUACAGUAGGUUCAUAGGUUACAGGUGUGUUGAACUUCACUUCGUUGCACUUCGUUACGUUCAACUGUUUAUAGAUUACAGUAGGUUCAUAGGUUACAGGUGUGUUGAACUCCACUCCGUUUCACUCCGUUACGUUCAACUGCUUAUAGAUUACAGUAGGUUUAUAGGUUACAGGUGUGUUGAACUCCACUUCGUUGCACUUCGUAACGUUCAACUGUUUAUAGAUUACAGUAGGUUCAUAGGUUACAAGUGUGUUGAACUUCACUUCUUUGCACUUCGUUACGAAGAUGGUACCAAAAAAUUCAUCGAAAAUUAA